AUGUCGCUGCGGGAGCGGAGCCCGGGCGGCGCCGUCGAGGCCGGGGAGGACGUGGCGGCGGCGGUGGCGGCGGCGCUAGAUGGUCCGGAGCGGUGCCUGUCGAUGCUGCCCUGGGACCGUUUCUCGGCCUGGCUGCACUGCGUGUGUGUGGUGGGCUUCGACCUGGAGCUGGGCCAGGCCGUGGAGGUAAUAUAUCCUCCACAUUCAAAACUCACAGAUAAAGAGAAAACCAAUAUUUGCUAUUUGUCUUUUCCAGACUCUAAUUCAGGUUGUCUUGGGGACACACAGUUUUGUUUUAGAUUUCGACGGUCUCCUGGAAGGAGAGUCUCAUUGUGUUGUUUUCUGGACCAAUUGGAUAGAGAUCUACCAGUUUACUUAAAGAAAGAUCCAGCAUAUUACUAUGGCUAUGUAUAUUUCAGACAAGUUCGAGACAAAUCAUUAAAAAGAGGCUAUUUCCAGAAGUCGCUGGUCCUCAUCAGCAAGCUACCUUAUGUCCAUCUCUUUCGCACCAUGCUUAAGCAAAUAGCACCAGAAUAUUUUGAAAAAAGUGAAGCUUUCCUGGAAGCAGUUUGUAGCGAUGUUGAUCGCUGGCCACCACCAAUUCCAGGGAAAAUACUGCAUUUGCCUAUUAUGGGUAUUAUAAUGAAGUUGCGGAUUCCAACAUACCGUGACAAGCCUGGAACAACACCAGUAGUACAGAAUAUGCACCAGGCAGAUGCUCAGAUCUCCAUGGCUUUACCGACUGUUCAUGAAGUAGAUCUUUUCAGGUGUUUCUCCCCAGUGUUCUUUCACGUUCAGAUGCUUUGGGAACUAGUACUGCUAGGAGAACCGCUUGUUGUGAUGGCACCAUCACCAUCAGAAUCUUCAGAAACCGUGUUGGCACUUGUUAGUUGUAUUUCACCAUUAAAGUACUGCAGUGAUUUCAGGCCAUACUUUACCAUACAUGACAGUGAAUUCAAAGAAUAUACAACUCGCACGCAAGCCCCACCGUCUGUCAUUCUAGGGGUGACGAAUCCUUUUUUUGCUAAAACACUUCAGCACUGGCCUCACAUUAUCCGAAUUGGAGAUAUUAAACUUCCAGGUGAAGUUCCAAAGCAGGUGAAGGUGAAAAAACUGAAGAACCUAAAAACUUUGGACUCCAAACCUGGUGUUUAUACCUCUUACAAGCCAUACUUGAACAAAGAUGAAGAAAUUGUUAAACAGUUACAAAAGGGUGUACAACAGAAACGUCCUACAGAAGCACAGAGUGUGAUUCUUCGGCGGUAUUUUUUGGAAUUGACGGAAAGUUUCAUUAUUCCAUUAGAACGUUAUGUGGCAAGUCUAAUGCCUUUGCAAAAAUGCAUAUCACCAUGGAAGAGUCCACCACAGCUGAGGCAGUUUAGCCAAGACGACUUCAUGAAGACACUGGAAAAAGCAGGACCACAGCUCACAUCAGGUUUAAAAGGAGACUGGAUAGGGCUUUACAGGCAUUUUUUGAAAUCGCCAAACUUCGAUGGUUGGUUUAGGAGCCGGCAGAAAGAAAUGACACAGAAGUUGGAGGCCCUUCAUUUAGAAGCACUCUGUAAUGAGAACUUGGUUUUCUGGAGUCAGAAGCAUACUGAAGUAGAAACGGUGGAUCUUGUCUUAAAGUUAAAGAAUAAACUGUUGCAGGCUGACAGAGAACAUCUUCCUGUGAAAACUGACACACUGAAAAAGCUGCAGACACACAUCAAUGAUAUUAUACUAGCACUUCCAGAUGACUUACAGGACAUCUUGCUCAAAACUGGCACAACAUGAUUUCUACUGGGCCUUUUUUGUGCAGAAAACAAAAGGCAAAUGUAGUUUCACAGAAGACAGUGGCUUACCAAGUUUGGAACACAGCUCUAAGUAGUAUAUUAACACUACAAAUGGACUGUACUAAUAGUGUAGCCCACUAUACUAUUUUCACUGUUUUUUCCACUUAAAUACCAAUGCAACUAAAGGAAUUCCUGUGUCUAAUAAUGUUUGAAAUAAGUGCUCUUAAAGAAAAAUCUGUGGGUGUAUGAAACGAUACCACAGUGUAGGACCACAGUGCAGUGCUGGCAUUGCAGAAUGUUUUCCAGUUGGUGCUGCUAUACCCAAUCCUGUUAACUCAGGGGUAAGCAAUAUUGAUCCUGUACUGUCCUGUUGAUGUAGUAUCUGAUGGCUCUUUUUUGUUUUUCUUUUAGUUUUCAUCUAGUGAUAAGUCCAACUGACAUAUUAUGUGACUUGGUCAGAAUACAUUAUAGUUGAGGUAUUUUACUGGUAAAUCAUUGCUUUCAAAACUGUUUCAAGGACAGCUGAAAUAAUCAGAUCAGUUCUUAACUUUCUUCCUUUCUCCUUCUUACCAUCUUUCCAAAACCAUUUUAAUUUAGCAUCUUCAAAGAAGAGAAGGCAGCUGACAAAAAUUUCCUGAAGAGAAGUAUUUUCCAUUCAAUGUCAGUUAAUUAGGGUGCUCUCACUCACAUGCCUUAAAUAUAAAGUAAUUGUAUACUAAUUGGUGGUUUUAAACUGCUGACAUUCAGGAUUUAAAGUGGAUCACUAGUGUAAAUGUAAGCAUGCAGUAUUCAUCACAGGAAAUAAACACAGUGGUGUUCUAAUAUGGAUUUUAAAAUCAGUGAUUUCAGUAGAGUUAGCUGAUAUACAAUCUGUUUCAGUUGGAGAUCAUAGCAGUCGGCUCCUGGUUUUUUUUUUACUUAUACCAGUAGAUUGUUUGAGGAGGUAAUGGGGCUGGAGCCAGAAGAUACUGGGUUCUGCUGAAAAAAGCCUAUGGAAAGGUCAAACUGUGGCAAGAGAAGAUUGUAGCGUGAAAUUAUUCUCAGUAUAUGCGUAUAGCAGACAUGCAUAAAAAGUAAUUUCCUCUUGCAUAUUAAGCAACAAGAAUGUGAUGUUUAUCUUCGUGAACAAGUUUCAGUGGUAUAUAAGAACUCAGCUGCUCCACAUGCAGUGUUGUACUUAGACCAGUUUCAAGUAGAAUAAACUGAAUGCUAUAGUGUACACACAACAUACACUUUUAUAUGACAAGUGGAUCACAGUUAUAAAAAAACCUCUGCUUUUAAGUGCUUGGAUAGAAUUUUUUAAAACUUAUGACAUAAUCCUGCUAUAAGUAUAUGCUUUUGUAUGAUAAAUAUUUCAUACUAUCUUUCUAAAAAUGUCUUAUUUAGAUAUAAAGUGUCACAAUGGUAUUUUUAUGAAAAUAAUGUAUUUUAAUACUGUUAUGGUUUGUAUACAAUUACAUUAAACUUUUGGUCAUGAGUAUCUAUUACGUUACUUAAACUACACCACUUUAGCAUUAAUUUGUAACUUGCAAAUUUUUUUUGCACACUCUGAUGAAUAGCAUUUCUAAUCCAGAAAUUAGUAAGUGGCCAUUCUUAUACUAAAUUAUCUUAAAUAUUUAACCUGGAGCACUGAGUAGUUUCUUGGAACUAUGUAAACUGGUAACAAGUAUGAUAACUACCACAUGACUGCAAAUAUGUAUUUUUGUAAAAGAAAAUAAAGGGUUUGUUUUGGGUUU